AUGAACAAGUUUACUCAACCGAGACUCCCGGCUUAUUUGGACCUCGAUAGUAUAAAAGAAGAAGAAUUUCCAUACAAGAAAACUAAAACUGAGACGAAUUAUAGGGACGAAGAAUUGGGAAAUGCGCAUUAUCAUCGUAAUGUCGAUAAAAAUAGACUCUCACUGCCAUCUAAUGGGAGGAAUGCUGAAUCCGCGAGUAGUGCAGGGAUUGCAAACGAUGAUCCUGACGACUUUGUUCCAUCGAUGAGCUCGGAAGUUGAUAAUUCAAAAGCUGAAGGCGUUAUAGAGUUCGGAGAUGUUGAUAGAGGACCAAAAUGCGAGCUUGACGACGAAUGUGAUGCCUUUGUGCAAACGUUCAACUCGUCAGCAUUCAACUCGGUUAAAAACGAUUCGUCUGAUUCUAAAGUGCCAAUUGGCGCAAGCAUUUUUGGCUACAGCAGGGCAGUAGCGCCUACUUCACACAAGGAUGGUAAAGUUGAAAUAUUACAAGGAAACAAUGUAGUGGUGAGGAAAAAUAUAUUCAAACAGAGCUCCUCCUAUCAUAUUAAUCCGGAAUUGCCACCAAAACCAAAGAACCUUCGUCCUCGUUCCUUGGCAUGUCAGACUGAGCUGCAUCCCCUGCAUCCCAUAAACUACUACGAUAAAAAGAAGAUGUCUUCAAAUAACAUCAUUUAUGGUGGAAGCCACAUCAUUUUAGGGCGUCAUUUUUCACUGCCUUCAGAGUACCUACCAGAAUACGGUUAUUCGGUCACAAAUCACUCCAAGCCAUCAACCGGAAUAUACAUCGAAGACCGAGCUUUACUUCUAGCCAGCGACCACAAAGAGCUCUGUGAAGCUGUGUCUUCCAGUGAAGGCAUUCAUCAAGAGACUAGAAUGUCUACCGAUGCUAAAACUAAAGUCCACGAAUCUCAGUCUCUGCCCGCCUCUUAUUUGAAGUCGUCUUUUAGCCAACAUUCUUCCCACCCUCCGCCGAAAGCACUUCAUUCUUCUGGGGAGAAAUUCGAUGUAGACGAAUCCAAAGUCAUUUCUAUAAGCAAGUUGAAAACAACGCCCAAAGGUUCGAAACUACAGACCUAUUCGCGGGCUGGUCAGGAGGCGGGGGGCGGUCGAGGGGUGAGGGGCCUGAGACACUGCGACUCCCUUGAAGGUCUCUGCGACGGACCUGACUCCAGGGGCUACGAGCAUGGCAACGGCCUGGCGAGCCAACCAGCCGCCGUGAACGCUACGUCGCUGCCGCACCUCAACCAGCUCACCGACCCUCCUGACGCGACCCACUUCCCUCAGAACCUCCCCAGACAACCUCUCUACGUCAACCCCGGCCUUACGGCGUCCUGCCAUGCGAGUGGCGCCGACGCGCAGCCUACGCCGAGCCCCUGUCACCGCAGCGCCACCGCCGACGCCGGCGCACGGCGCGACCACAGCAGCGAUGUCGCUACGCCUGCCGGAGAUGACGCGCCGACCGACGACACGCCUGCUAAAUUCGGGAAAUCCAACAGAAGCAAACUGAAGCGUCGACCCCCGUACCACAAGCAUAACAAAGAUGCUCCCAGCUCAGGUCGCAGUAAAAGCCUCACGCACAUCGAUACUCUAGGGGGCGAGGGGGGGUCGCCAAACUCCGCCAUGUUGGGGGGUUCAGACGACGGUGGGGGGGAUGCAGGGGAGAGCGCAUGGUCGGGGGGCGACGGUCAACAUCAGCUGGGUGUGCCUCACGAGAACCUACAUCAGCGCAAGAAACUUUCCCUGCACAGCAAAAUCUCAAGUUCUGAAUACAUCCACAUCGUCUCGGAGAGUCUGGGGGGCGCUGAGCCCGUGGACGAGCUCAUACCUGCUUCGCACGGCGUCACGCUCAGGGAGGCGCUCGAGCGGCUGGGUUACGACAUGAGCGGUGCGAGCUUCGUGAUAGAAGACACGACGACCUCCGUCCACCCGAGCACCGAGACCAGCGUCCUCGGUGGCCGCACCCUCAGAUACAGAGGACGCGACGCUAGCAGAAGUCCUGUGCGCACACGCUCCGCCGGUCCCUCGCCUGGUCAGCUCUCCUCCAGGAAGCAAUCUAAUACCCGGACAGCGCAAGGUUGGUUUCAUCGCAGCGCUGCGAGCACCGAAGACAACUCGCCAUUAGUUGAUGAAAGAGGUAAUGGCGGCCCGGCAUCCCAGGACGGACCGACGAAGACCUCUGCCAAAGUCAGCAAACGAAACAACCGCUUGUCCACCAUGUUCUCGCCCAAAGAAGACCCACGAACCGACGCCCUGGUGCAGAAGUUGGACUUGUACAGCAAGCAGGGCAUCCCUCGCCAGCCCCACCUCCUGCCCUACCAUUCCGCCGACACUCCUGACGAAGAUUUUGUGCUGGAGGUCGGCGGGUGGCGGGAGCUGGUGGCGGGCUGGGGGGAGCUGGGGGAGCGUCUGAGCCAGCAGCAGAGCGCCAUCUGGGAGCUGGUCGAGACAGAGGCCACUUACUGCCACAUGAUCCGCGUCAUAACUAAUUUAUUCCUGUCGUGUCUGUGCAACCUGCAAAACGAGCAGCUGCUGAACGACAUCAACACAGAGCUUUUGUUCAGUAACAUCCCUGACAUUUACCACACGAAUCUAACCUUCUGGAAGGACCACAUCAGCCGCAUGGUUGCAGAGGCAAGACGGUCGAAGCAACCCUUGGACCCAACGCUUCUCUAUGAUGCCUUCACUAACUUCAAGGAAAUAUUCAAGCCGUACUCGCUGUACUGCCAGCAACAGACGCAGUGCCAGCAGUACUGCAAGGAGCGCUCCCAUGACAACGAACACUUCAAAGUCUACCUGCUGUGGUGCGAGACUCAGAAGGAAUGCAACAGGCUGCGUCUCGUGGACAUUUUGGUGCAGCCCAUGCAGCGCCUCACAAAAUACUCGCUGCUUCUGAAGGCCAUACUCAAGAAGACGGACAUCAAGGAGCACAAGUGGAAACUCAAUGAAAUGAUCACGAACGUCGAGUGUUUCGUGUCGAACGUGAACAGCGCCCUGCGACACCGUCACGAGCAGGAGCGUCUCAGGGACACCAUCGGCAGAAUCGAGGCCUACGAUGCCGUGGAAGCCCGCGAAGAAGAGAUCGCUACUAAAGUGAAGCAGCACUCAGAGCUGCACCUGUCACAGCCCAUGCCAGGCUGUCCUGAGCACCUCUCGAGGCACCUGCUCCACCAGGGCGACUACAAACUCCGCGAUCACAACACCAGCAAGACUGACGUGCAUGUCUUCAUCUUCACCGAUCUCCUCCUCGUCACAAAAGUCACACAGAGAAAGGCUGAAAAAGUGAAAGUUAUCAGGCCGCCGUAUAACAUCGAGCGGCUCGUGGAGGUCGUUAUUGGAGGCCGGGACUCGACCACUCUGGGCCUCGUGGUGUUGAGCGAGUGGGGCGUCGCCGCGGCCGCCUUCUCGCUCCAAAGCCCUGACACGGCAGCCCACAGAGCCCUGCAGGAGGCCAUCAAAAAAGCAAAGAAGCAUUACUUGGACGCCCAGUCAGGAGGGCGCGAUAUGCUGGAAGAAAUUACUAGCGGUUUGAGAUCUCCUAGACUAGCUUCUUCUAGAGCGUCGAGAGGAUCUAGUUUAGCUCCUUCGCAGUCUGGGUCUGUGGAUCUAACGGAGGGGUUUGCCCACUCAACUUCCCCUGCGAUGCUUGAAGUCAGUGAGUUAAGAGCGUCUUCGGCAUCGUCAGAAGACUCUGUAGAAGGUCCGAGGAUGGGGCACCACAGCGUUGAUGUCCCUUCGAGGCCUGGCACAAUGGGCCAUCACCUUAACGUAACGUCUUCUCAAGCGUCCGGACAAUCUUUACCUAAUUUAAGUGUAGUUUCUGGUAAUAGUCUCCUUAAAGUACCUAGCCAUAAGAACCACGCUCCAUGGAAUCGCGGUGUCUCCUAUCCUCCUCCGUCUCCGAGAGCAUUAAGAAGAUCUCCGCCUGUACCACAAUCACGAAAUCCGCCGCUUCUGAAGACGCGUCAUGUCGUCAGCACGACGGGGGGAACCACGGCUGCUACGGGCGUCUUUCAUCCAUCAUCCGCAGCGGUGGAAGCGCGACUUCCUGAUCAGGUGGAGGAAGAGGAUGGCUGCAGGAGCCCACGACGAGUGUGCCGCAGUGACAGAGCUGACAACAGGAGAUAUCACACAGCCGGUGCCAUCGACGAUAUCAAAAAGCAAGAUACCAAAGACUCUAGUAUACACAAGAGGUUAUCGUGGAACUGCGGACAGCAGCACCAGGUUUCUGCACCAGGAGGUCUUUGUGCGUCUUGCAGCACGCAGACUUUCGUCACUCCAUCUAAUUCGACGUGCUCGUCGACUUCUUCGAGGCUCACGAGCUCGCCUUCAAAUUCAUCUCGUAUUGUUGGCCAAUGCGACAAUCGCCGUCAUAAACUAUCGUGUGAAUGUGUCCACUCUUCGUCCGGUGUGUCCUCCACUUCCAGCCUGCACCGCUCCAUCACCUCCGAGGUUGACAUCCUCGAAAAUAUUGAUAACGCAGAAGACUGUGAUCGCACCAUCGUGGACCUGGGCAUCGGAGAGUGCCACAGCGGGGGUGAGGGUGCGCUGUCGCCUCUACCCGACUUUUCUUCGCGGUUUUCUCCUCACAUUUCCUCGACGUAUAUCUGCCAGGACUUGGCUGGCGCGCUUUGCGGCUCCGCUCAGUACAUCACACAAGUUCAGCCCGAUACCAUAGAGGGUGAAGAAGGGGCUCUCAGUCCUGCUAUGGUCACGAUCGACGUGUCAAACACAUGCAGCAGAACUCCGUCAGGCGUGCAAAUCACGGUCACUGAGGGACCCAAUCUUCCAGUAGAAGAGUCACCACAUCCUGUCAUCAUGGAAGAUGACUUUGGCAACGGCAUUAAAACUUCAUGUCCCAUUUUAAAAACAGAUGUGAAUACUGCAUCUCUUGGUCGUGAAAAAGUAGUUCGCGGACGCGUACCUUUGCCGGCGUUGACGUGCCGACCUGCCUCGUCUGUGACACCUCCUGAGGUUCCGCCUCGCACGUCUUCCCCAAAACUCCCUGUUAAAAGAACGACUUCGAACCCGCAAGCGACGUCUGCCAGCCCUGCUAAUGGCUGUGGCUUGAGCACUGCUACUUCCAAACCAUCCACUGAUCUAAUUCGUAAAAGUAACGAAACUUGUCAGGAAGAAUCAUCAGCGAAUAGUUUAGUUACGAGUGAAGAUGUCAAAGCCUUGAGAUCUGACACGUUCGGUAGCUGUAUUAGUGACAGUUGUUCUUCGUCAAAAGUAGUUGAUAACGACGACUCAAAUAGCUUGUUCCGAUCUGUUCCUAGGUUACCUAGUAUUAGUGAAACACGAAAUGGUUGUUUGGGAACUCCGAGUUCUUGCGCAGAUGAAUCCUACUCUGACUCUAUCGAAAUUACUACAACUGUUAAAUCUUCGGGUUCUUCUACUCUUCCUCCGUGUUCAUCUAUCUCUCCUUCUCUCAAUACGGACUCUUCUUCUUCCGCAUCUGCCUCAUCGUCGUCGAAAUGUGCCUCUAAUUCCUAUUCAUCGUUGUCUUCUGUCUCGUCUGCAAGUUCGUCCUCGAAACAGAGCUUGUCCCGAGAGAACAGCAGCGUAAGAGAGCUGCUACUCACCGACUCUGCAGUCGAAACUUCGGACGUUUGAACGAGACCUCGCAUUCCAAAGAUGUUAUACAAACUCAGUAGUUAAUAUAAUUAGUCUUCAUGUUAUAUCUUUUUCGCUGUAAGUAUAGUUGACUAGUUCUAGAUGAAUAAAAUAGUGAGUGACGCGUCGUUAAUAUUCCAGUAUUUAGACCCUAAAGUCAUAUUUUCGUACGCAGUACCCUUCGUGAUUUGAGAAACUAUAAAUUUGACGAAGUAUCAUUCAUGAGUUUUAGUCCAUUAGUAUUGAACUUCUACAAAUAUCAACUGUAUUGAAUAACAGUGAAAAGUGCAAACACGAGUAUUUCAAAGGUGGGUGUCACUUCAUAUCACGCACUGUGAGGCAAAUCUUAUCCGUGAGUUGUGAGUCGUUGCAAUGUUAGACGCUAGUUGUCGAGUACUGCUCGUGACGAGGUUGAAUUGGACGUGCAGCACAUAUCAUUAUCUUAAUGGACGUCACGAGCACAAUACGCGAAGAGGGUGGAAUUAUUGACGGCUUACAGGAGGACCUCGAUGUACUUUUUCAGAACGGACUAGUUUCCGUAUUUUUGCCUUCAAAUCAAACGCUUCUUUUGCGCCUACGCGAGAUAUAUGCUCAUUGGAAUUUUCUUCGUCAACUUAUUACUUCUUGUGAUAUGUUUUUAUGCGCUUUUCUUCAGAAGGGAAAGUAAAUGCAAUUUUCAGCGCAUUUUUAGCGUUACUAUCAUUGUGUUAGACAAUAGAGAGUAUUUUUUGCCUGUCCGAUUGCCUAGAUGACGAGUGUUGCCAGUAGGUGUACAUAAUUAGCGUAUUACAAAUGUACAUUUGUAAAUGUACUUUUCGAUAUAUUGGCGUUGACAGGGCUUUUUACGCAUGCAUUUAUUAUACUUCGAAUUCAAUGGACAAUUCUUGUAUUUUUGGCCUGCCACUGCCCACGGAUGUAAAUAUUUGUAUGGUAUUUGUCUUUUGAUGUCAAGUCCUUUUCGCCUCCGAGGAUCGUCUUGAGGAAACUUGUUGCCGUUUACUAUCACAUUUAUACCCUUUAUGGCUACAGACCAAGCAAGUUAUCCGUACUGAGCUCUGUAUAUUCACAUACAAUAACAUAGAGUAAUUGAUGUGAAUUAUUAUAGAAAACGCGUCUUUUUUGAACAUUCAUAUACGCCCUUUAUUUAAUUGACGCUUCAAGACAUUUCAUUUUAGUUUCCUUUUAUUUUCCCCAUGCAAA